AUUACUACUAACUAAUAUAUAAAUAUAUAUAUACAAACCAUGUCAAUUCCAGGAUUUGGUGGCGGUAUAGAACCGAUAGAAAAUACUAGUGGAGAAUGGACUACAGUUGAAGUAACAGGAUUUUCUGAAUGGAGAGUUGAAGUACCUCACCGGACUAUACUUAAAUUUAAAGUUAUUGAUGGAAUUGGAGAAAUAUUUGGGACUGAAUUACCAUUAAAUGUUGAAUUACAAGUUUCUGGAGUUAAGUAUGCCGUAUAUGCCCCUUUAUCUUCUGGAUUUAAAUUGGAAUAUAAAACAUUAGCCAAUAAAUCUGUUAUGACUAAUGAAGAUGAAGAAAUUUCCGAUUAUAUCAGUAAUGAAACUCAAGCUCAUCAAGCAUAUAUUAAUUUACAUCUUGGAUUACAAACUAUUCGUCAAGAAAUUAGAGAUUAUAAUAUAUUAAAUCCUCAGGAUGUUAAAAAGGGACCUCGAGUAUUAAUAAUUGGGAAUCCAAAUUCAGGUAAAACUAGUCUAGCUAAGAUUCUUUCAUCAUAUGCCAAUAAAAUGGAUAGUACUCCAGUAUUGGUUAAUUUAAAUCCUCGUGAUGGAGUAUUUAGUCUUCCUGGAUCUAUAUCAGCCACUCCAAUAAGUGAUUCUUUAGAUAUAGAAAGUGCUAAUGGAUGGGGAUUCACAACUACUUCAGGUAGUUUAAUUCAUAACCCAAAACAACCAAUAGUGAAAAAUUAUGGAUUUUCAUCAAUUAAUGAAAAUUUAGAUUUAUAUAAAUAUCAAAUAUCUAAAUUAGGAGUCACUGUCUUAUCUAGAUUAGAAGAAGAUAUAACCAUUAGAAAUUCCGGAAUAAUUAUUGAUACUCCAUCAUUAACAAUUAAAGAUAUUACUAUUAUAGAAAAUAUAGUAUCUGACUUUGAAGUAAAUAUAAUAGUAGUAAUGGGUAAUGAACGAUUAUUAAAUGAUUUAAAAAAGAAAUUUAAACAUAAACUAGAUUCUCAAUUACAAGUAAUAAAAGUACCUAUUAGUGGAGGUAUUGCUGAAGUAGAUGAUUCAUUUAUUAGAAGAAGUCAAGAAGAAACUAUAAAGGAAUAUUUUAAUGGUAAUUAUAAAACAAGAUUAUCUCCAUUUAAAACCGAUAUAGAUGCCAAAGAUUUAACAAUUUUUAAGGGAGUACUUUCACUGGAUAUUGCUUCUACAUUAUCAUUUUUACCUUCUGCUGAUUCAUAUGCGGCUGAUGAAUCUGAUGAUAAAGAUGAUAAAGAUAAAACUGAUGAUAGUUUAACUAAAUAUUAUUCAUUAUUAACUGAGCCAAGUUCAUCAAAUUUAGAUAAUUCAAUUAUGGCAAUAACCCAAUUACCUCAAACAAGUAAUCCUGGUAAGGAUUUACUUAAUACAAGUAUAUUGGGAUAUGUACAUAUAUCUAAAUAUGAAGAUGACAAACAUAAAAUGAAGAUCUUACUCCCCUUCCCAGGAGCAUUCCCUAAAAAUGUAUUAAUAUCAACCAAUAUUGGUUUUAAUGAAUAAUAUAGAAUAAUAAUAAAUA